AUGAAGGCCCUCAGUUUGCUCCGAAGGGCUCCGCUGGCCCCUUCCCUUCGGCCAACACCUCCCGCCGUCCUCGACUUUCUCGCGCCUUCCACUCUACAAACCUGUCGCCAGUACAAUUCUACAGCUACACGGCAGUCCGCAGCAAAUCCCUCCGUGUCACAGCAGACAUCUGGAUCAUCGAAACCAAAAUAUGUUCUCAAUCAGCAACAACGCGAGUUUCUCGACCGAGCCCUCCGCGUCAACCAAGCCGGCGAGCUAGCAGCCACCUUGAUCUACACGGCGCAAACACCACAAGUCGUGCGCUCUCAUCCUCACCUGCGGCCGUUGAUGAAACACAUGUACGAUCAGGAAGCGGGGCACUUUGACACGUUUAACCAUCUCAUUGCGAAACACCGAGUACGACCGACGGCCAUGUAUCCGGUAUGGGAGGUCGCAGCAACGUUCCUGGGCUGGUCUACCGGAAUGAUGGGACGUGAGGCAGCAAUGGCCUGUACGGAAGCUGUAGAAACCGAGAUUGGGUCUCACUAUAACGAUCAAGUGCGGGAGGUUCUAUCCUGGAAGGCGGAGGCUGAAAGUCGGGGAGAAGAGUUGGAUGAAGAAUUGGAGGAUAUGCUGGUAACUUUCCGACGAAUUCGCGAUGAGGAGCUGGAGCAUUUGGACCAUGCUGUCGAAAAUGACGCGAAGGAAGCUCGUCCGUACGAUCCGCUGGUUAAUGUCAUCCGCUACGGAUGCAAAGCUGCCAUCAAAAUCAGCGAACGGGUGUGA